AUGGCCACCCCCUCCGUAUUACCGUUGUUUACCCCUCAGAUUGCAAUUCGACGGGAUUCUCAAUGCAGUGAAACGCGAAUAGCCACAGUCACUGUUCCGUGUACAGGCCUAAGUACCAAGUGUCUUGCCCGGUGGCUAGAGCAGGAACACAAGAAUCACUUGCAACUUCUUCAGGCUGCAUGGUCAGUUUCGCUUCGGUCUUAUACAGGCUCUAACGAUGUCUUUUUUAGCUGUCUGGAGUCAAAAAGUCCUAAAUCAAAAAGAUGCUUCUGCCAUGUUUCGCCUUCACAGCCUGUGCAGAGCCUCUUUGAUAUACGGUUUGAACGGUCCAAUGAGGAAAAUAGAACCACUUUCCUCGGAUGCAACUCUCUUGUCUAUGUUAGCGAAGAACAAAAAGGCGAGGAUGACCUCGGCGAGUUUGAUGUCGCCGUCUAUUACUUGCAGGAGACAACGGCAGAUUAUCCAAUCAUUGGGAUCCAGCACAAACCUUCAGUUAUAUCAACUGAUUUUGCUACAAUGAUUGCAGAAACGGUAGCCAAGGCUACUGAGCAAAUAGUAUUCAAUAUUGACUCUUUAAUUGAAACGCUCGAUAUAUGUAGCAAUGCGGACAUACACCGUCUAUUGCAAUGGAACAGCGCAUCAAAUGACAAAACACUUCCCGCACAAUGCGUACACCACAUAAUCUCCCAAGUAUGUGCUACACAGCCAGAAUCGGUUGCUGUGUCGGCUUGGGAUGGUGAGCUUACCUAUGCAGACCUUAAUAGCUUAUCGUCCGCCCUGGGAGUCCGGCUUCAACGCCUUGGGGUCGGUCCAGAAGUAUUUGUUCCCCUUAUAUUUGAGAAAUCAAAAUGGGCGGUUGUUUCCCUGCUGGGUGUUCUGAAAGCUGGUGGUGCUUAUUUUUUCCUCAAUCCUUCCCAUCCAAUACAUUACAGCCGCAACUUAUGCUCGACCCUACGCCCCGAAGUUGCGCUAUGCUCACCAAUACAUAAGAACCUCGCCAGGCAUUUCGCCGAAAAUGUUAUUCCUAUUGGAGAGAAUCUCUGUGAAUUUCUGGACUCAAUACCUGUUAGUAAUGAUUCCUCACAGCCAACGGUAGAACCAGGAACGUCAAGCGCCAUGUACAUAACUUUCACUUCGGGCACCACCGGUACGCCGAAAGGCAUAAUCACUGAGCAUUCUGCCUUUUACUCGAUGGCCAUGGCUAAUGGCAAAGCGCUUAACGUCACCCCAAUGACAAGGAUGCUACAGUUUGCAUCGUACACAUUUGACGUGAGCAAUCGCGAUAUGCUUAUUACACUUAUGUUUGGCGGGUGCAUCUGCAUACCUUCCGAGUUUGAGCGCGUCAACAACCUGUCUGGGUUCAUAAAUCGCUAUUCUGUCAACUUAGCAAGCCUAACGCCAUCAAUGGCCAGUACCCUUACUCCAGCAUCAUGUCCAAGCCUUCAAGCAUUAGUUCUUGGAGGGGAGUCCAUGGCCGACAGUCACAUUUCAAGCUGGGCCAAAUACGUGCGCCUUUUCAAUGCCUAUGGGGUCAGUGAAAGUACUGGAAUAGCAGCGUUGGCGUCAGACAUCCAAAAGAAUUGUUCCCCAGGAAAUAUUGGCUUUGGCUGCGGCUCAACUUUAUGGGUCGCUGCGGUUGACCAGCCUGAUAAACUAGCCCCAAUUGGCGCAUUGGGGGAAUUGGUUAUCGAGGGUCCAUCAGUUGCAAGGGGCUAUAUGGGCGACAAAAAACGAACUGAGAAGCAGUUCACGUCAAAACCAAAGUUCAAGGAAAGGAUUCGUGAACAAUAUGGCACAAGCCAUUCAAGGCUGCAGCGGUCCUUCCACACUGGUGAUUUGGUGCGGUACAACCUUGACGGCUCGCUGCAGUUUGUAGGAAGAAAAGAUCAUCAAGUGAAGAUUAACGGACAGCGACUCGAACUGACAGCGAUUGAGCAUCACAUAUCAGCAUGCGCCGAAGUCACCGAUCACGGGUUUCUCCAUGUAGCUGUCAUUGCUGUAAAAAGUGGACCAAAAGGCAGCAGCAAGCUUCUUGCCUUUUUGGGGCUUGAUAUGUCCAGAGGGUCAAAGAAGUUGGAAGACACUGAAGACCUGAAAGUAACACUCCAGCGACACCUUUUACAUUACUUACCUGCAUUUAUGCUUCCAGGGGAUUUCAUCUUUCUGCAAAAUAUGCCGCUCACAGCAUCAGGCAAAAUUGACCGACUCCAUUUACAAGAAACAGCCGCCCAAGAGCUUUCCGACAAGAAGAGCGAGUUUGAUAAAUCUGAUCCAAAUGGCAACCAAGACCUAACCACUCCCAGACAGAAGGUUCUCAUCCAAUCUUGGGCCAGUAUUCUAGGCAUCAAAGAAAUAAGCAUUGCGCUUUACGAUUGUUUUUUGCGGCUGGGCGGUGAUUCCAUUGCAGCAAUUAAAUUGGCUGCCAGCCUUCGUGAGAAAGGCUUUGCUAUACCGGUGUCCGAUAUUUUCAAGUUUUCGACCUUGUCAGACAUGGCAUCCGUGCUAGUUGAAGAAGAGAACGAGCCUGUUAAUCUACUGGCACCUGCCCCUUUCUCAUUGAUAGACGACCCCCAGUCAAUACUUAGUGCAAUUAUGGAAGAAUACGGGCUGCAAAUUGACCAGAUUGAGGAUGUAUACCCAUGCACGCACAUGCAGAAAGGGUUUAUAGCAUUGACGGCGCAAAACCCUCGUGCAUAUAUUGGUAGCUACACUUGGCAGUUGGCUGAAAUUCUCGACGAAGAGAAAUUCAAAGAUGCGUGGAAGGCAGCUUGGUUUAACAACCCCAUUCUUCGGACUAGAGUCGUACAAAUACCAUCUGGUGUCUUCCAGGUCGUCAUGAAGACAGAUAUUCCGUGGAAAGUCGUCAUUGAUAUCACUGGCUGUGAAGAUAGUAACGAAUUGAUAAAAAUUGAUAUCAAUAGCGGUCCACUUGUCCGGUUCUAUUACAGCAAAGAAUCCUUCCGGCUAGAUAUUCAUCAUUCGAUAUUUGAUGAAUGGUCUCUUGACUUGGUCAUGGCACAAGUUGAGCGCGCAUAUACCGGGGAAAAGCUCUAUACGCAGCCUUUCAGCCCGUUCAUCCAGCACCUUCUUCAUGAAUGCCGUGAUUCUAUUGAGGAUUUCUGGCGUCGGGAAUUUUCUAACCUCCAGGUGGAGCAUUUCCCAGCUAGGGCAUCUAGCAAAGCCGAAGCUGGAAAUGUGUCCGAGACGGUGGUCCUGGAGCAUAGCUUACAACUUGAUGCCGGAAUCUCCACAAAGUAUACACUGUCAUCCAUCUUACGGCUCGCGUGGGCGAUUAUCCUAUGGCACCAAACAGGCAGCAAAGAUGUGGUGUUUGGAGCCACUGUCAGUGGCCGUAACGCAAACACUGAUAGAAUCGAUAAACUUAGUGGGCCAACUCUGGCGACACUACCUGUGCGCAUCAUAUUGCCAACAAAUCGUCCUAUUCGUGAGGGGCUAUCGCAGGUUCAAGACCAAUUUGUCAACAUGAUGGUUUAUGAACAAACAGGAUUGUCAUGUAUUCGACAACUUGGGAGAGAGGCUGCUGAGGCAUGCAAUUUCCAAAACUUACUUGUUGUGCAACCGUAUGAGCAGCAAACCGCUUCCGCGAUAUUUGAAAGAGCUAACUCAGCAUCCUCUUCUAAAAAUGCAAAAGCCUAUACCAGCUACCCGAUGGUAUUAAUAUGCCGUCCAAGGAAGAAUGAAAUUACCAUGACAGCAGCUUUUGAUUCUGCUUUUCUAGCACCAGCUGCCGGACAUAGUAUUCUUAGGCAGAUGUCACAUGUUAUCCAACAGCUUAUGGCAUAUGACACCAUGCGUAUCGCAGACGUUAGCCUAGUACCUCCAGAGGAUAUGGCUAUAUUGAGGAAAUGGAAUCGUUUUCUCCCGAAGGCUGUGAACACUUGCAUACAUGAUCGCAUUCGGCAAUUAUGUAUUGCCCAACCUGACGCAUUAGCUAUUCACUCUCAUGAUUUAGACCUGACAUAUGCUCAGGUGGAGAAUUACUCCAAUAGGCUUGCACAGGAUUUGAUAAACAGAGAGAUCAAGCCGGGAGACUUUGUACCUGUCUUAUUAGAGAGAUCACCCUGGGUUGCAGUCAUCAUCCUGGCAGUUCUGAAAACUGGAGCUGCUUUUUUGCUACUAGACCUGUCCCAUCCUAUUCAGAGGAUGCGAACGAUGUGUUCUAUGGCAGAUGCGAAAAUUAUCAUUUCCCAUGAGGAACAUGCCCAUAUAAGUGACAAUCUUCUACUCCCAGUCAUCAUGUUUGACCUCGAGGCUCAUGUAAUGAGCUCAGUUAGACAGACGACCGACAAGGAACCUAAGCCGAUAACUGCAACUGUCACCCCAGAUGCUCCUGCAUGCGUCGUCUUCAGCUCAGGAUCUACUGGGCAGCCUAAGGGCAUUGUACUUCAACACAGUGCACUCAGCACAUCUGCAGCUGUCAUGCGCGACUAUGCAAUGCUAAGCCCUAAGAGUCGCGUCUUUCAUUUUUCAUCCUUUGCAUUCGAUUUAAGCAUUGGUGAGAUCCUAUUUACUCUUGCUGCGGGAGGAUGUAUCUGUGUGCCCAAUGAAGAAGAUCGAAGGGGGAAUCCAGCAAAAGCGGCAUGCGAUCUCCAAGUAACCUGGGCAAUUCUCACCCCCACUGUGAUUAACCUGUUCGAGCCGUCCGAUGUUCCCACAUUGGAAGUUCUGGGAUCGGCUGGUGAACCUCUAACAGCACACAUUGUGGAUAUAUGGGCCCAUAAGGUAGAAUUAAUCGGGAUCUAUGGCCCAGCUGAAUGUACCGUUGUUUCCCAUAUAUCGCGGGGUUUUCCUGACACUCACUACUCCGACCUUGGCCAAAGCCCCGGAGCUGUUUCUUGGGUAGCUGAUCCAUCAAAUCACUAUAGGCUGGUCCCUGUUGGUACAGUUGGUGAGUUGGUCAUUGAGGGCCCCAUAGCUUCGGCUGGAUAUCUCAACGAUCCUGAGAAGACAGACGAAGUCUUCAUUACUUGUCCGCCGUGGCUUGCUCAGGUCCGUCCAUACUCCGGAAAACUAUACAAAACGGGAGACCUUGUGAGACAGACAUCGGACGGUUCCCUUCUGUUUGUCGGAAGAAAAGACAAUCAGGUAAAAUUUCAUGGGCAGAGACUUGAAAUGGGAGAGGUUGAACAUAGCAUUAUCUCUUCAUGCACAGCCAUCAGAACCGCCACUGUGGAGUGUAUCAAAGUUCCAGAGCAAAACAAUCGAGUCUCACUGAUUGCGUUUAUUUGUCCGGAGACUAAUGGAGACUGGGGACAGCCCCUGACCGGUGAAUCGUUAGAGACUAGUGGUUUAGAAGUGGUUGGGCUCCCAAACAACCAGUUUUACUCGAUUAUUGAAUCACUGGAAACAGCUCUAAGAGAGCUACUUCCAGCAUACAUGCUUCCAUCAUUCUUUAUUCCCAUUACUGAUGUUCCUCUCACAUUGUCUGGGAAGGUCAAUCGGCGUCUGCUCCGCGAUAAAUCCACAAGCUGGCCACUGAAGAGGCUGGAGCAAUAUCAAUUGAGAAGCCGGGCUCUCCCAGAAGUAGAAGUUCCCACCACUGUGCAUGGCCAGGAAAUCCAACAAAUAAUUAGUCAAGCUCUCAACAUGGACGCAAAAACGAUACCCAUGAAUGCAAACUUUUUUGGCCUUGGGGGAGACUCAAUCUCAGCUAUGCGUGUUUCCAUGCUUGCAAGGCGCCGAGGACUACACUUGACCGUCGCCGAUAUAUUCACUCAACAAACCCUCUCAAAAAUAGCUUCAAAGUGUGCUAAAGAGGCUGGAGAUGAUAGCAUAUCCAUUAGAAGUCGGCCUAUCAGUGGUGAACUAUCUGAAUCAACCAUGGAUUCAUCACCCCAUUGCGAAAUUGCUUAUGGAAAUAUUCCUUGCGAUCUGCCGCCGGAGAUUGAGGAUAAUGUUGUAGAGGCUAUUGCGGCCACCGAAUUCCAAACGAUGACACUCCAUAGCUUCUACAGCCGGUAUCUAUGGAUCUCAUUGCCUGAUAUGGUCAAUCAGGAACGCCUAUUAAAUGCAUGCAAUAAUCUUGUCCAGAAACACUCUAUCUUACGUACCGUCUUUUACACAAGAGGUGACAAGUCGGUCGUACAGCUGAUUUUGCGAAAUUCCCCAGUCAGCUUUAUUCAUUAUUCGGACAUCAAAAACCUAGAGCAACACUGCGCAGACGAUUCUCUUGCCAUGGAAGUACCUAUAAAUGGCAAGCCAGGAUUCCAGGUACAGUUUGUAACCUUGAGGGACUUGAAGACAUUUCUAAUCCUACGGUUACCCCAUGCGUUAUUCGAUGGGAUUUCGUUGGGUACCAUUUGCGGUGAUCUCACUUCUGCCUACAACGGGAAUCCACUGACACCGUGUGCUCAGUUUUCGGACCACAUUCGACAUUUCCGGGGUCAGAGGACACCGGAAAUCUACGGCAUAUGGAAGGAGGUACUGGGAAAGACUCCAAUGACCAGUUUAAACGAAUUUUCGCGCAACCGGGAUAUACCCGACAGAAGAGACAAGCCAAAAACGGGUAUGAGGUCAGAACAACCAAAAGUGGUGACGGCAACAGCAAACACUGUACCAGUCUCUCCUCCGCCUAACGUCACAAUGGCAACACUGAUCAAACUGGCGUGGGCAAUCACACUCUCUCGGUUGUUUACCCCAACCCGGAAACAAAGUGGAUGCGGGCAGGGCUUGAACGAGGUAGUCUUUGGCCAGGUCAUACAUGGUCGAGGGUUUGGCAUCCCGCACGAAGACCGCAUAGUUGGGCCAUGCCUCAAUAUUAUUCCUGUGCGAGUACGCUUUACUCCAGGGUCGAACAAAUUUGAUCUCCUUGAUCAGGUCCAGCAACAACACAUUCGAACCAUGCCUGUCGGGAAUCUUGGAUUUGAUGACAUCACCCGUAAUUGCACAUCCUGGGAGGCCGGAACAACGUUUGGGAGCUUUGUGAGGUUCCAGAACUUUGCGAGCGGCGGAUGGACAUGUGGUUUCGAUGGCCAUUCCUGUGAAACAGGUCUGUAUAGCCUUCCAAACCGCCCUUCCACCACGGCCAAUGUGCUUGUCGUUCCUUCUGGGGGUACGUUGGCCAUCACCAUGACGAUAUCCAGCGAAGUAAUGGAUCAGACGUCUGGAGAUUAUGUGGUUGGAUACUUCCGAGAUGUGAUCGGAAGCCUGGCAACAUUACAAGUAUCGGGAGAUCAUUUCGUAGUGUCCGGGCCUGUUUUGGAUGUCUGA